AAGAUGUGGCUGUGUUCAAUGUUUACGUGUUAGCUGAGUUUGCGACUGCGAUUACAGUUUAAAGUUAAACGGCAACGCGUACACAUCGGCAAGAAGGAAAGUGCUACAGUAGUUUAGUGGAAUGGCUAAUUUGGAGAAUCAUUUAAACUUUACCCAGGCGGAGUUUAUAAACAUUGACAAGGAACGGAAAGUGUUUAGCGUUCAUUACAAUGCACUACGGGAUGCAAUCUAUAGCAAUCUAAAGGUUGAGCAACCGGUAGGCACAUGGCUAAACGGCCAUAAGCUGGGAGGCAGCUAUGGUGAUAGAUUGAAGAUAACACGUCCCGAUGAAUUUGAUUUGGUUAUCUAUUUUAAAUUUCCCGAAAAUGAUCGCAUUAUUGUAAAGGCCGAUCCGCAAUAUCCGGGCAAUGUUAAGCUGGAUAUGACCGAUGUGCUCAAGGCGCUGGAGCCACAAAGCAAACAUGCAGCUUCGUUUGCCAAACUAAGAGACAUUACAACAGCUAAUAAUUUACUUAUUGAGGACAAGUUGCAGAAUCUUAUAACUGGCGCCGUGAGCCGUGCUCUUACAAAAAUGGAAAACAAAAUUGUUGUUGAGGGUCAAGCGACAAAAAUUGUCUAUAAACGUUGUGGUCCCGCCCAUACGAUGUUCAUCAAUCAUGGCAAUAUCAAGUAUUCCGUGGACUUUGUGCCCGCGAUUAGACUCAAUGCCAAGCAAAAUGUCCUGGGUGUGGAGCAGCUUCGGUACUUUAAGAACAUUGCAUACUGGGAUGCCAUACCGAAGCCCAUGAAGCCGGCUCAAGCUAAUAAUGUUUCGUUUCGCGCUUCCUACUACGAGGCCGAAUCGGUGAUGAUUAAGGAUAAGAAUAAGCUGAAGGAUUGCAUUAAGCUAAUGAAGAAAUUCCGUGAUUCCAAGCAAAAUAUGAAUAAUCUCAAGAGCUACUAUAUCAAGACUUUGUUGCUCUGGGAAAUCAAGCAGCGACCCGAAAGCUACUGGAGAAGUCAGCGACUUAACGACAUGGUGCUGGAGAUGUUUAUUAUAUUAUCAGAUCGCCUAAAGCCGGGCGAUAAGAAAGCGAAACUUUUAUUUUUCUGGGAUCCUAAACUGGAUUUGUUUGCCUGUUUUACGGAAACACAGCGCAAGGAAAUGUUUAACUGUGUCUCCAAGCAGAUUUAUACGCUGCGUCGUAGUGCUGGCAAUAUGACAGAUGAUUUCACCAAUAAUGUAACAUCAUCAUUCAGUACUAAAGCGGAGCGUUUCGGGCUGUCCAAGCUGUAGAAACUACUAUAUUGAGCAUGGAUAUCAAAC